AGACAAUAAAUAGUAUAAUACAGUCUUGCUCCAUUCCUCUGUAAAUCAGCAUAAUCAACUCCCUUCUUAUUGACUGGAUUUUUUCCCCAGCAUUUACAGCCGAACAAUACCAGAAUCAUCAACAGCAACUGGCACUAAUGCAGAAACAGCAGCUUGUACAAAUUAAUCAACAGCAAGCAAAUAGUAAUUCUGCAAACACUUCACAGUUGCUGACAGCAGAAAAGCAGGCAAGAAUACACUGUUCUCUUUUCAAGGGUUUUAUUUCCAAGACAUUGGAUUCUGUCAGUGCUCAGUUUGCUGCUUCAGCCUUGGUUACAUCAGAACAGCUCAUGGGAUUCAAAAUGAAGGAUGAUGUGGUGCUUGGAAUUGGGGUGAAUGGCAUCCUUCAAGCCUCAGGAUUAUAUAAGGGUUUACACUUCAGUAGUACUACGCCUACAGCACUUGUACAUACAAGCUCAUCAACAGCAGGUUCAGCCUUGUUACAGCCUUCAAAUAUAACACAGACUUCAAGUUCUCACAGUGCACUGAGUCACCAUGUAACUGUUGCCAAUUCUGUAACAACUCAGGUUCUGUUUGGGAAUAACAUUAAAUUAACUGUACCCUCAUCUGUUGCCACUGCAAACUCUAUCAAUAUGCUCAAUGCACGGCACAUGCCUAGGACUCUAAGUGCUGUUCCAUCAUCUGCCUUAAAGCUGGCUACAGCAAACUGUCAGGUGCCAGCCUCAUCCUCUGUGGACACAGUACAAAGGGAAAACCAUGAAACAGAAAAGUCAGCACUGAACAAUAUAGUAGACAAUACAGUAGCAAUGGAGGUGACGUAGUUUCUGUAGUAACGAAACUCCAACUUUUGGGAACUUGUUUAGGUGCUAUGCAUCAGUAGCAAUUUGAAUGCAAGGGACGAUGGAAUGCAGCAUAUUGUAUUUCCGUGGCAGCUGUAGGAACUUGACAGCAGUGCAUCUCUCUCAUGCUUUGGUUUUUUCUAUUCUUACUGUUAAUAGGAAUGAACAUCUGUAAAUUAAUAUAACAGCAAUUAUCUGUACAAUACUGCAUAUUUGUAAUUCCCUUGUAUAAAUGUUAACACAACUGUUCAUUUGUGAUGCUUUGCACUUGGGAGAGAAUUGCAACAAAGUAAGAGUAAGAAGUGAGAUUGUAUAGAGAUGAAGUCUCAUGACGUGCAUGGUGAGGAAUCUGCUGUUUUAUCUAUUUAUUGUGCUGUGUUUACAGUUUUUGUACACUGUAGCUUCAUUUAUUCCUGUGUGGUAGUAAAUGUGUUAGAUAGC